UUGUUGUUAUGACUGAUGUGUUGUUUUGAUGGCAAUAACUCAGGCGUUGUCUAUAAAUGUUAUUAAUUUUUGUGUUAAAACCAAUUAAACACAUUUACUGUCAAUAAAACAAUUGAUCCAUUAUUUGAUCCAUUAUUUGAUCCAUUAUUUGAUCCAAUUCACUAACACAAGUGUUGUGUCGAUUGACGCCACGAAAUGGUCAUCAAAGUGCUUAUAUCAGGCAUUUCUGCCUCAAAAGAGAUUAAAAAACACCAACAAAGAGCACAGAUGUUAUUGGAUUCACAUAAAAUCAAGUAUGAAGUGAUAGAUAUCACCGAACCGGGACAUGAAGAGGAAAAGGAACUCAUGAAGACUGUCUGCAAAAAAAGAAACAAUAAUCCGAUAGCACUUCCGCCACAGUUCUUCAAUGAAGAUCAAUAUUGUGGAGAUUAUGAAGACUUCUCAACGGCCAGUGAUGACGACACUGUUUUCAAUUUUUUGAAUCUUGAAGAAGACAUCACUAUCGAGAAUGGAGACGUUUCCGAUUCAGAUAAAGCCAAAUGAAUGUAUGGCCCGAUGUAUGAACCGAUCGCAUGAAUGGCUUAUUUUCCGUUUACAUACAUAUUGUUUGAUGUAUUGCACGACAAAUUAAAAAAUAUAUAUUUAUUUAUUAAUAACAAUAACACUAACAAAGUGAUCAAAAAUAACAUAAACUUCUAAAUUUAAUUUAUUCUCAAAUAUAGUCUUAACAUUAUUUAAAAUGCAAUUUCUCCUAUUGAUUGUCACUUUAUUAUGAACUAAUAUAUACUGUAGGUUUGUAUAAUAACAACAAAUACAAUAUAUUUUAAUUAAUUUGUGAUAACUUAUAUUUUAAAAAAUCAUUUUAACCAUUGAUGUAGUAAUAAAAUGACUGAUUAUAAUACUGUACUCAAUAGAUACUGUAUAAACAUAUAAUAAAACAUCGCUCAAGAGACUAAUAAUAUGUUUUUGAUUUAUCAUUU